UGUAUCACCAUUUAUUGAAAUCAUCAAAGAAAUUCUUUUUUUUAAAUUAUGUUUAUAUUUAAUAUAUUAUCUCUAAAACGUCUAUGAGAUUUCGUGCUACAUUUGUGCAAGAAAAUUUUUCAAUUUUCGCAAAUGUUAUCAAUGCGUUGUCUCGUAUUACUAAAACUAUUCAUGCAACAAAAGAAAUUCAUGAUUCUUCAAGGAACUUAGAAAUAAAGCUUUGUCCGUCAUAUAUCCUUAUACGUUAUUGUAAUCCUUUAUGUUUUGAACGAGUUCAUGCCUAUGCGUAUUUUGAUACAAAGGAAUUGUUUUCGGAAUGUUUAAUUGAAAGCCGACAUGACAAUAUCAUAGGAAUCUCAAUAGAUGCUCAAGGUUUUAUAUUGUCCGUGAAACCUGGAUGUAAAGCAUAUCAAACUGCUGUUAAACUUGCCAAAGAUGAACAUUCCAGGUAUUUAUCAUUCCAGUUUUUUCUAUUAGACAACAAAGCCAAGUGUUAUAAAAUUUAUAAAAAUUGCUUAAUAGAAUUGUUACCAAGCCGUUAUGCUGAAACUCUUGUUCCUCCACCGAAUUCACUCACUGGAUGUUGUAUAGAACUGCGUUCCUUACAAAGUAUUCGUUCUGUUGUGGAACAAAUGCGACAUCUUGGUGCGGAUCAUCUCACAUUUAAACUGCUACCAUGCGAUGAUGACGAUAAAAAUAAUCAUCUUAACGAUGUAUUGAACGUUUCAACGUCUAAUCAAAAAAUUUACGAUUUACAAAUGUCAACAGACACGGAUUUAUCCACGCAAUGGGUUACCAAUCAUCGUUGCGUUCUUCAUACUUUUCAAGAAUCUCAACAAGAAGAUCUUUUUGAAUCAACACCUAAUAAACAUGCUUCACAUAUUGAUGCUGAUAUUUUCUCAUCGCAAACAUACUUGAUAAAAAACUUACAUCAACUUCUUCAAUUAGGUUCCGCUUUAUCCUAUGAAUUCGUUUUACUAAAGUUUAUUUCGGAUCAAUGCCUUAUUGUGACCUUUCCUUUAUUACGCAUACAACACGCUCAUGUUACCUGCGUCACUUCAAAUCUUAGUUCAGCACUAUAAGCUUUAUAAUUUUUAACCUUUACUCAUAAGAGUGCUUUUCAAAAUACGUUGUACCCCACCUACAGAAAGC